AUGGACACAGACACAGGCAUGCACCAAAACCAACAGUUCAAAAUCCAGCACAACAACCAACACAACCACCUCCACAACAACCAACACAACAACCAGCACAACAACCAACACAACAACCAGCACAGCAACCAACAGUUCAAAACCCUGCACAACAACAACCACAAACAGAGCAAGGACAUAAAAGAAGUAGAGAACAAGGAAACCAAGAAUUCUUAA